GAGCCUGUCGUCGUAUAAACGCAGUUCUUAACCGUCAUGUCGCUCGGGGUAUUCAGAACAAACGCAGUGAAUAAUGCGUUUCGACCAGCUGUGCUCAGGUCCUCGCUAGGCAUUCACGCUCGUUCUCUACACACGUCAAAGCCUGCCAAAACACCAGAAGCCAUCCCAUCGUCAACUACAUCAGCAUCGCAACCUAUCACCGCAUUGGCCAACCGUGAUUCGAACCAGUUUAGCUUAGAGCAACCAAAAAACAAAGCUGAAUAUGUACUGUCGACGCUCGACAAAGUGGUGAACUGGGCCAGGCAGGGCUCUAUGUGGCCUAUGACGUUUGGUCUUGCCUGUUGCGCUGUAGAGAUGAUGCACAUGGCUGCUGCACGUUACGAUCAAGAUCGUCUUGGUGUCGUUUUCCGUGCAAGUCCCCGACAAUCUGAUAUCAUGAUUGUUGCUGGUACCCUUACCAACAAAAUGGCUCCUGCUUUGCGCAAGGUGUACGAUCAGAUGCCCGAACCACGAUGGGUUAUCUCUAUGGGGUCUUGCGCCAAUGGUGGGGGUUACUAUCACUACUCGUAUUCUGUUGUCCGGGGAUGUGACCGUAUCGUACCUGUUGACAUCUACGUACCAGGCUGCCCACCCACGGCUGAAGCGCUGCUGUAUGGCAUGUUACAACUGCAACGUAAGAUGCGGAGAAACAGGAAAAGCGUUCUUUGGUACCGUAAAUAAUGGCUUUUGCAUGAUCGAAGGACGUAAAUUAGAGACUAGAUGUAGUCUUCUCCUUUGUAAUAGAUCUUCCUGUCAUGUGUGCGUGAUCACGUUA